CCCUCACGAUAGCAACUGCGUGAGCAACACGAACGAGUUUGCAACGUUUUUGCGAACAUCAGUUUUCCAAGGUGUUUUCCGCGAUUAGCCUUUGACCAUUGACUAAAUCUUUCUCUGUUUUAUGAGAUUGCAUCUCAACGACAUUGUCGGGCCAGCGCCUCGGUAACAUUCACACAAUAUUCAAAUUGCGUGGCAAGAAUUGUAUUUGUAGAGAUUGACGUAACGUUGAGAGGACUUGAGGCGUCGUUGUUUCACACGUCGUUCGAUCGUAAGAGCGCUUUUUUCACGAAAAAUUUGUUGUAUCGUUGCAACCCAAAUGUCAGGCAUAGCGAUCGCCAGACUCGCCGAGGAGCGAAAAGCAUGGAGAAAGGAUCAUCCUUUCGGAUUUGUUGCAAGGCCAACUAAGAAUCCAGAUGGUUCUCUAAACUUAAUGAGUUGGGAAUGUGCCAUUCCAGGAAAGAAGUCUACUCCUUGGGAAGGUGGAUUAUACAAGUUACGCAUGAUUUUCAAAGAUGAUUAUCCAUCUAGUCCGCCAAAAUGCAAAUUUGAGCCACCUUUGUUCCAUCCUAAUGUUUAUCCAUCUGGCACUGUUUGCUUAUCGCUUCUGGACGAAGAAAAAGAUUGGCGACCAGCAAUCACAAUCAAGCAGAUUCUUCUUGGCAUCCAAGAUUUGUUAAACGAGCCAAAUGUGAAAGAUCCGGCUCAAGCUGAAGCAUACACAAUAUACUGGUAAUGUUUUUUUGGAAAUGUAUUAAUUUAAUUACGAAAGAAGUUCGUAAUUGUUCAAAUAUAAUCGAGUAUCUUAUUUUAUAGCCAAAAUCGUCUGGAGUAUGAAAAACGAGUUAAAGCACAAGCCAGAGCGAUGGCUCCGCAGGAGUAAAUUGUAUGAAAAUAUCAAAUCGAAAUAUUUAAGAUGUGUAAGAAAACAAAAAAUUCUGUGUACACUUCUCUAAACUCAUUUAUCAUUCUUAGAAUUAAUCCUUUUUUUUUUUUUAUAAGGAAACUUAUUAAAUGUGUAACUAAGGUUUCUUUUCAUCCCACACAAACAUUCAUCCAUUCAGACAUCCAUUAGACAUCUAUUAGAUGUCGCACGGAGCUGUCGACGUCUAAUAGAUGUCUAAUGGAGUUUUUGUUCUGUGUGGGUUAUUUACUAGAUUAAGUUUGUGGGAUCUUCUUAAGCUUUAAAACAAUAAGCGUUUUAUAGCAAAAAGUAUAAUAUUACGUACUCUGUAUCUCGCAAAUAUUCUUUUAUUAUCUUUAAGAUUAACUGCAGUGUAAGACACGUUUAACUUUAAGAUGGGAUUUAUAUAUAUUUUGUGACCUAAACUUUAAUUUGUAAGUCUUAUAAGUAAUUAUUCUGCUGUUGCAGGAAUACAAAUGAUAGACUUAAAAAGAAAAACAAAAGCAACUGUUAAAUAUCA